AUGGAUGUUAAUCAGGUGUUGACCAGCACCCUGUCGACGGAUGCUGCAACGCGUCAAAGUGCCGAGCAACAACUGUUGCAUGCUGCUGAAGUUGACUUUGCUACCUACCUUACGACGCUCGCAGGCGAACUUGCCAAUGAAGCUGCUGCUCCUACCGUUCGAAUUGCUGCUGGUAUCGCGCUGAAAAACUCCUUCACCUUCAGAGAGCUUGACCGAUUACGGGAAGUCCAGGGAAGAUGGGUGCACCAGCUUAGUCCGGAGAUUAAAAAAACCGUCAAGGAACUCGCAUUGAAGACCUUGAAAAGCGACGAUGCCAGAGCCGGCCAGUCCGCAGCGCAGCUCAUCGCUGUCAUCGCUGCCAUUGAGCUACCGCGUAAUGAAUGGCCAGAGCUAAUGGACACUCUUGUGAAGAAUGUCAACUCUGGUUCAGAUCACAUGAAGCAGGCAUCGCUGACAACGAUUGGGUUCAUCUGCGAAUCCGAUGAGCCGGAGCUUCGCGAAAGCCUAAGUGCGCAUUCAAAUGCCAUCCUCACAGCCGUUGUCCAGGGUGCGCGACGAGAAGAAACUAACGCUGAAGUUCGGAAUGCUGCGCUUACGGCAUUGGGCGAUGCGAUGGAGUUUGUACGGUCGAACUUUGAAAAUGAUGGCGAGCGAAAUUAUAUUAUGCAGGUUGUCUGCGAAGCCACACAAGCUGAAGAUACACGAAUACAAAGCGGGGCUUUCGGUUGUUUGAACCGAAUUAUGGGUCUUUACUACGAAAAAAUGCGCUUUUAUAUGGAAAAAGCGCUUUUUGGGCUCACAAUCCUUGGUAUGAAGAAUGAGGAGGAAGAUGUUGCGAAGCUUGCUAUUGAGUUCUGGUGUACGGUUUGCGAGGAAGAAAUUGCUAUUGAGGAUGAUAACGCUGCGGCCCAAGCAGAGGGAUCCACUGAAAUCCGCCCAUUUUUUGGCUUCGCUCGUAUUGCCUGUAGAGAGGUUGUUCCUGUUUUGCUACAUCUGAUGACCAAGCAAGAUGAAGAUGCCGCUGAUGACGAUUAUGAUACCUCGCGCGCUGCUUACCAAGCCUUGCAACUCUAUGCCCAGUGCGUUGCUGCUGAAGUGAUCCCCCCGGUCCUGACAUUUGUAGAAGAGAAUCUAAGAAGCGAGGAUUGGCAUCGCCGAGAUGCCGCUGUAUCUGCGUUUGGUGCCAUUAUGGACGGUCCAGAUGCUCAAACGCUCGAUCCAUUGAUCAAACAAGCCCUCCCAGUUUUGAUCGGAAUGAUGGAUGAUAAGGUAAUUCACGUUAAGGAUUCUGCUGCUUAUGCACUUGGCCGAAUCUGCGAUUAUUGCUCUGAAUCUAUUGAUCCAGAAGCUCAUCUGCAACCUCUUAUUUCAUGUUUGUUCCAUGGAUUGGCUAGCAACCCAAAGAUCGCAGGCUCUUGUUGCUGGGCCUUGAUGAACCUUGCGGAACGAUUUGCUGGGGAAGCCGGUGCUCAGACCAACCCUCUAUCAAAACAUUUCCAGGACAGUGUUACCUCACUGCUCACUGUUACAGAGAGACAUGAUACUGAUAAUCAACUUCGAACUGCGGCUUACGAGGUUUUGAACUCCUUCGUGACCAAUGCUGCUAAUGAUAGCCUUCCUAUUGUUGCUAACCUUUCAGAUGUUAUCCUUCAACGACUCGAACAAACAGUGCCUAUGCAACAACAAGUUGUCAGCGUUGAGGAUCGUAUCACACUUGAAGAAAUGCAAACGAGCUUGACAAGCGUGCUCUUGGCUAUCGUGCAACGAUUAGAAGGAGAGAUCAAGCCUCAAGCUGACCGUAUCAUGCACGUUCUAUUGCAAGUUCUGUCCACGGUACCUCCAAAGUCAAGUGUUCCAGAUACUGUUUUUGCCACUGUUGGCUCGAUAGCCAGUGCGUUAGAGGGCGAUUUCAUCAAAUAUAUGGAUUCGUUUAUUCCGUUCCUUUACAACGCGCUAGGUAACCAGGAGGAGGCUGGUCUUUGUGCCAUGGCAAUUGGACUAGUUAGUGAUAUCACUCGAUCAUUGAGUGAGAAGGCUCAACCGUACUGUGAUACGUUCAUGAAUCACCUGCUUAAUAACCUGAGGAGUACUACCCUCAGCAAUCAACUAAAACCGUCCAUUCUCGAGACGUUCGGAGACAUUGCCCAGGCUAUUGGAUUGCAUUUCGAGACAUAUUUAGUAGUUGUCGCUGGCGUGCUACAACAAGCAUCCGGUGUUACUGCCAGUCCUGAUGUAUCAUACGACAUGCUUGAUUAUAUUGUAUCCCUUAGGGAAGGUAUUAUGGAUGCGUGGGGCGGCAUUCUCCUUGCAUAUAAAGGCACACCAAAUGCCAAUGGCCUGCAACCAUACGUCGAGUCGAUCUUUCAACUUCUAAAUAUAAUCGCUCAGGAUAAUAAUCGGAGCGAAGGAUUACUUCGAGCUAGUAUGGGUGUCAUCGGUGAUCUCGCUGAUACAUUCCCCAAUGGUGAAUUUGCGGCUCUCUUCCGCAAUGAUUUUGUUUCCAACUUGAUUCGGGAAACGCGAACAAACAGAGAAUUUGGUCCUCGCACAAUUGAGACAGCUAGAUGGGCUCGUGAACAGGUCAAACGCCAAAUAGGCCUUGCGACGGCACAAGUUAUGUCAUAAGGCACCAUUUAAUGGAAGUGACAUGUAUUAUCCGUGCGAAGCACUCCGCCAUAUUACGCACAUUGGGCGUUGUCCAGUUAAUACCCGUUCUAUCACCAAAAUAACUGCUCGACGAGGCACGGGAAGCGAUGCCGACGACUGGAGCAUUUUCACGAAAUGGUAAGACGGAAAAAGAAUGAACGGCACGCCACGCCUGUGCGAGUUUUCCCAGCUCAGCUAGGAUAUUGGAUAGCAGUCGAAUUGAAAAGAUUUUUGAGAAAAAGAAGCAGGAAUCUGUUUUAUUCUUUUUUAAACCCUCCUUUCUCCCCCCCCUCAGCGAAGUUCGCAUCUCUGGCAUUUUCAAUGAUUCGGCAUACUUUUACAUCUGACCUGAGCAUUUCACACGUUCUGAUAUGAAUGAUACCGCAGCCCCGCGCCCUUGUCAGAGCAAGCCCCUCGCAACCUUCAUAAUCACCCUUCCCCCUUACUGUAUGCCUCCAAGCACUUUCGUGUACCCCUCCCCGUCAAUCCCACACCUGUUCCCCGGCACCCCACGAUCAGAUGCAAUUGACUCACAUUUUCAGGAAGAAUUCCCUACUACCUUCCCCAUACACCCCUGUACGCAUGCACAAACGACGCGCAUCAAAUUCGCAAUCUCUCACUCCCCCUUUCUUCGCCCCUAACUUCCCGGUUCUUCCAAUUUCCUCUUCUUUUUUCCUUUUUUUUUUUUUUUUUUUCAUUCACGGCCCUGCCCACACUUUUUUAACACAUUCUAUUUACCUUUUACACUAGAAAUCAUGUAUGCCCCAAAAUCAUGUAUCCAUUGUUAAUUAUUUUUAUAAACUUCACUUUCUUUUCUCCUUUGCCCAUACAAACUAUUUAUCAUAUCACAACACCAACGCAUUCAUCCUUUUACUUUCCUUCAUUUUUUUUACCUCUUCUCUCCAAAAUAAGUUAAUAAAUAAAUGGGUGGCUUUUGAAUCUAAGAAGAUAUAUUAUUAUUUUAU